GCCAAUUCUGCAUUUUCGAUCAACACACAGACUGAGACUGUAUUUCUGGUGAUCCUUCUCUCUGUCCGACGGAAUUUCACAACAAAUCAUGACCAUAUUUCACUUCUUCAACUGUGCGAUUCUCACUUUUGGCCCUCACGCCGUUUACUACUCCGCCACUCCCCUAUCCGAGUAUGACACGAUUGGUACUUCAAUUAAAUCAGCUGUUGUUUAUCUCGUGACUGCAUUAGUGAAGCUUGUAUGUCUUGCAACCUUUCUAAAGGUAUCUGAAAGUGACAGUUUCGACCCGUAUCAGGAAUUGUUGAAAGCUUUGAUUGGAUUCAUAGAUGUUGCUGGGCUUUACUUUGCCUUGACACAAUUAACUCAUAGGAAUAUUUCUCAAAAUCACAAAUUCCAAGCUGUUGGACUUGGUUGGGCUUUUGCUGACUCCGUCCUUCAUAGGCUGGCACCGCUUUGGGUUGGUGCCAGGGGAUUAGAAUUCACGUGGGAUUACAUCUUGCAGGGUCUGGAAGCAAAUGCUAAUCUGGUGUUGAGUAUAUCACUAGCGGCAUUAGGCUCUCUGAUUUGGCUCAGGAAAAACAAGCCUAAGACGUUGAUUCCUAUCAUAUAUGCUUGUGCCGGAAUAGUAGCGACAAUGCCAUCGAUUACAAGUUAUCUGAAACUUGCCUUGGGGUGGCACUUUCCGAAGGUGGUAGGUUUUGAGCUGUUCACUUCACUGGUGAUGGCUUUCAUUAGCUGGCAGUUGUUUGCUGCAUGCCAGAGACCAUCAAACUGAGAGUAGGAAACUGUCUGACUUCAUCAAUUUGAGGCUGCUGCUGUAGAAUUUGUUGUAAAACUCAAACUUUCUUGAGCAUAUUUAAGAAAUUCUAUAUAUAGACAUGGUAGUUGAAUUUUGAGUGGUGAGAAGAGCUCAACUUUUCGUUUUAAGGUGCUUCUUGUUUUAUCUGUUCUGUUCCACUAUUCCUAUUCAUUGGUUAAUUCCAUUUUUGUACUCUGGCCA